AUACAAAGUCGUCUAGUAUAUGUUACGUGCGUCUGUCGUAAGCAUCUCUCUCUAUUAGUUGGUCAUCGUGUAUUAAGACGAGCAACGACGUUUUACCGGUAAAAAUCUUCCCCCUCCUCCUUCAAGUCAACGUAUUCAGAAUUUAAUUCCUCGUUUCGUAAGCAACGGUUAUAAGUAUAUAUGUAUAUAUAUAUAUAUACAUACACACAAUAUAUAUAUAUAAGUACGUAGGCUUAUUUCCAACGGAUCUUGCGAAUGGCGUCGUAGAGUGUUUAUAUGAACGACGAUGAUAAAGAAGAGUACAUGAGCGAAUAAGAAAGACAGAGAAAGAGAAAGAGAAAGAGAAAGAGAGUGAGUGAGUGAAAAAAAAAAGAAUCACAACGAGAAGUACUGUUCUUCGUUCGACGAUAAUCUCAAAGGUCGUAGAGUAUCCCGUACAUUAGUCAUCCUUUAUUUUUUCUUUUUUCUUCCGUGUUAUAUCAUUCGAUGUUUACAAAUGAAUUUCUCCGUUGAUCUAAACGAUACAAUUCUCUUCGUUUACAUUAAAACGUACUAAUCAACGACGCCAUAUCGUCGUCGUCUUCUUCGUUGUCGCGUCGUUGUCGUCCGAUUAUUUAGUUAUAAGUUCUAUCGUUAUUCUAUCGUUAUUUUAAAAUCAAUGUGAAAAGUGCGAGAGGAAAGCUGGUGAGAAUUUCGUGUAUAAUAUAUAUGUUAGUGUGUGUGUGUGUGUGUGUAUGUGGUUUUAUCAAUAUUUCGUUGUGGAAAUAAAUCGUCGUAGAAUUAUUACUUCGAUGGAGAAUGUUGGAAUAGAAGAUAGAAGAUAGGAGAUAGAAGAAGAAUGAUAGAAGGUUAUCAACGAUUGUCAUAUCUAUCAUAGCCCUUGGAAACAAUCGAUGGCGGGAAUCUUAUGAUAAUUUAAACCAAUCAAAUGCAACUUUACUUUGGAGAAACAUGGCAACACUGGACAGGUUCUCUAUGUGUAACUUCCAUUUGUGAUUCCCAGUAGCGUUCUUCCAAUAGGAGGUUCAGUAAUUUUGUGAGCUGAUGAACAAAGACUGUGAUAAAUUCGAUAAGAUUGUAGAAAAGUCUCUCACAAAGGGAAAACGACGAGGGAAUACAUUACAAUAUUAUAUAUGGUUGAAUAUUUAAAAGUAAAUAUAUUUAAAAAUGGAGAAAUUGCAUCAAGAUAUUUUAAUACAAUUACGUGAUAAAAUAUUGGAUGAUAUGGAUGUACGUAAUGGAGUACUACCUAUAUUAACAGCUAAAUAUAUUUUAAGACAAGAAGAUGUUACACACAUUGAAUCUGGUAUUCGUCGUAGAGAUAAAGCAAAAAUUUUAUUAGAUAUUCUUCCGAAACGGGGACCAGAUGCUUUUGAUGCUUUCCGUGAAUCCUUGAGGCAUCAUUAUAAAUGGUUAAGCGAAGGUAUGGAUGAUUUAGAAACAGAAAAGACUGGCAGGAAUUCUCUUGAAUCUCCAAUUCUUCCACCUAUGUCACCGUUAACAAUUUUUAGAGAUGGAAAGACGAAACAGUUAACAGAAGAAUUAAACAAAUUAAAACCGAAUGAAUAUCUUAUUCUGCACGGAAUGAAAGGAUUUGGUAAAUCGUGUUUGACAGUCAGUACCUUAAAUGACACAAAACUAGCAGAAGAUUUGUUUCAUAAUAAAAUUUAUUGGCUUAAAUUUGGACAUGAUAGGAAAUGCAAAUAUAAACAUGACGAUAAACGUGGAUACGAACAGUUUAUCGAAGAAGAAAUAACAAAACAAUUAAAUGGACUUUAUCAUCGUAUAAAAAAUCCAGAAUUAUUAACUGAGUCAUUGGAGAAUGAACUUUUCAAAAGCUUCUUAUCAAAUCAUUUUAAUAAGAAAAAAAACCAGAAUGCUUUAUUGGUGUUAGAAGAUGUUUAUGAUAAGAAUAUUGUGAAUGCAUUUGAUUUUAAAUGCAAAACUCUUAUAAUUACUACCGACCUAGAUGUUUUGGAUGGAAGAAAAGGAAUUGUUAUAAAAAUGGAUGAUGGUUUUACAGAAGCAGAAACUUUAGGUUUAUUUGCCAAAGUAUUAGAUACCGAUGUAGAUAAACUUCCUUUAGAAGCACAGCUAAUUCAUAAAGAAUGCAAAGGUAUGCCAUUACUUAUAGCUAUGUUUUCUGCCCAUUUUGAAGAAUUUAGAAAUGACAUGAAGAAACAUAAAGAUAGAUGGCAAUAUUAUUUAAAUUGCAUACAAAACAAAGAUACGAACAAUAUAGUAAUCAAGAAUUUCUUGGAACAGCAAGAAGAUGUAUUUAACAUGUUUAUCGAAUGUUUACCGCCAGAUUUGAAAACAUGUUACGAACAGUUAGCAAUUUUUAAUGAAGAUGUGAAUAUAACACCAAAGACUUUACAAGUUCUUUGGUCAUGUGAUAAAUUCCAAGCUGAAAUAAUAAUGUUAGAAUUGUGCCAUAAAUCUCUUGCAGCUAUGAGAUGGAAUGGCAACUUAGAUUGCUAUAUAUAUGGUGUACAUGAUCUCUUAUUGUGCCAUUUAAAAAAGAAAUUAGGCAGAGAGAAACUUAUAGAAAUGCACAAAUCCUUUAUUGAAAAGUAUCGUAAACAUUGCAAUAAUGAUUUCUCCAAACUGCCAAAUGAUAAUUACAGUUACUCCUAUAUUGGUCAUCAUUUAGAAAUGGCUAAUUUGUAUCAGGAAUUUCCCAUACUCUACUUAGACUUCAAUUUUCUUGAAGCAAAAAUAAACCACACAGGUUUAUGUGAUUUAUUAAUCGAUCUUAACAAAUAUAGACAAUAUAUAACAAAUAAUAAUAAUGAAAGUUAUAAUAAAAAAGUGAUAGAUAUAGAAAAAUUUUUACAAGAACAAGCUGGUAAUAUAUCCAAACACAGGAGAAAGAAAAGUUUAGACUUGAUACAAAUUGCCAUGAAUUAUUUCCAUCAUGGGUAUGUGAUGGAAACUGCAAAAAAUUUAGCUAAGAAAAGAAUCAACAAUUUAUAUUUAUCUCACAGUAUGAAAUUGCAACAAACUAAUAUAACACAAAGUGAAGAAGUAUGUACGGAUACACAUACAACGUGUUUUACUGAUGAGCCUGAUGUAGUUUUAAUUGGAAAUAAAACGAGCGAAAUAAUCCAAUGGAAUUCUGAACAUAAGACACAAAUAGUAUAUAAAGUACGCGAAAAGGAGAGUGUAAUCGAAAAAAUAGUAGUCUCUGAAAAUGGAGAAUUUUUUUUAACAUUAUGCAAAGGUGUUGUUGAAAUUUUUACGUUAUAUAAUAAUGAUUAUUUCAAUAAAAGAGAUAAAAGAAUUCAAAGUCCAAAACAAAAGCAAAUAUUUUGGGAAAAUAUUUAUGCAAACAUAGAUGGACAUAGUAGUAUAAGAAUAUUUUCAAUAGAAGAUGAGAUUAUAUUGGAUGUUACAUUCGGACAUGACGAUGAACGUAUUGCUGCGUGCACUGAUAAAGGAACAAUUCGGGUCUGGGAUAAAAAUGGAAAUAUUCUAACAUCCGUUAAACAUAACAAUAAAGAUUGUUGCCUCAGAUACAUCACAUUUACAACAGAAAGUUUUCUGUUACAUACGAUGGACUCAUCGUGUGGUUCGCUUGUAACUUAUAGAAAAGAUAAUAAUGGAUAUACUUACAGUACACAAUACAAUCCACAAUUAUUAAAACAAAAGGUCAUUUUUUUUCACAACGUUCCAGAACAUGACAAUUCGUUAAUUAUUGUUACUGAAAAGAAAGCUAUUCAUGUAAAGUGGUUUUGUCCGAUGACUGAUUACAUACGUAAUUAUGAGAAACAGAAAAAGGCAGAAAACGAUAAAACAAUUUAUGUCUGUGCUUCCAUAACAUAUGAUGGUCUUUAUUUAGUGUUAGCUGAUUCGGAAGGACUCGUGAAUGUAUGGAAAUUAGAUGGUGGAUUUCAUCCAAUCACGGCAUACAAAAGCCGCGUAACAUCUUUAGAUACAUAUUGGUUAAAAGAAGAAGGUUACCACUAUAUCUGCGGUAAUGAAAACAAUUUAUUGCAUAAAUGGAAAUUCCCCAUAGAAGAAACAUCCAAUCAAGUGAGAACUCUGCUAUUUGAUGCUCUUGUACAGUCAUUUGGAGAAAUGGAUAUAAUUGCGAAAACGACACAUAUAAAUUCUAUUGUAAUAUUACUUGGCAAUGAAGUAAUAGCAGAAACCGAUUCUAUUGAUGGGGAUAUAAUAAGUUUAAAACUUUCUCCUAAUGGUAAAAAACUUGUUUAUAUAACAGAUAAAGGUAUGGUAACGUUAUUUGAUGUAGAUAGUAAGACAACUACCAAUAUAUUGAAGUUAUAUGAAAGUGCAAAGUUUAUAAAAUUUAUAACAAUUGAAAAUGAUGAAGUUAUAAUAUGCACAGAGACAAGUGAUACUUUGAGGGUUUGGAAGAACAAUAAAAUAGCAUAUUUGAUAGAAAAUGCAGGGUAUAUCAUUUCAAUUCAUGAAGUUCAUAACGAAUAUGUUAUAACAGUAACGCAAAAUGGUGUAAUAAUUCUUUACAAUAUUAGUGGUACAAAAUGGACAAUAAUAAGUAAAGCAACGAUUGAUAAUAAAAAUGUAAACAUCUAUUUUAGUUGCUUUAGUUAUGGAAAACAAUUUUUAGCUUUGUUAAGUGAAAGCCAACACUUAUUUUUAUAUAAUCUGCAAGAAGACGAUACUGUAACACCACCAUGCAUAAAAAUAGAAUUAUACCACAAAGAAUUGUUUAGAGAGAAACCAACAUAUUGUGAUAUCUCACAUAAUCAAAAAUAUUUGGCAAUCGGAUUCAAAACUGGAAAUAUUACAAUAAUCGAUAUAGAAGACAAAAAGAUCAUGCGAACACUCUAUUUUCAUACUAGUGCUAUUACUCAAUUAAAUUGGGGUCCAGAAAUUGCAGAAGUUCCUCUGUUAUUAUCAGUAAAUGUAGAUGAAUUAGCUUGGUGGAACGUUCAAUUAAACGAUCACAGUACACAACAAAAACGUCGAAGUCGUAAAGGCAUUCUCCGCAGCGUCAGUACACCUUCUGUUAGUACAGAUUCCAAUUUCUUAUCACCUGAAUGCUACAGCACGGAUGUAUGUAUUCCAUCGUCAAAUUCAUCGAUUGAAAUAUUGCAAAAAGAUGAAGAUUCCAAUCAAAUUGGAAAUAUACCUUCAUAUUGGAAACGCAAAGUAGGAAGAGACGGUAAAAAGCCAGAAUUAUUGCGCGCUCUUGAAAUACCGCCGAGUUUUAUUCCAAAAAUAUGUAUAUCCGCAGACUUUAGCAAAUUUGUUACAGUCGACAUCUAUGGGUCUGUGAGUACAUUCAAACUAUUUGCUUAUUCUUAGUAUAUCAUAGAGCAAUGAUAUAAAUUUGUUAUAUACAAUGGUGCAAUGUUGCAUUUACAUAUCAUUUAUUAUCAUUUUAUAAUAAUGAUAGGUGCUGUUAAUAUUUGAAAACAUUAAUGAGUCAAAUUAUAGUUAGGUAAUAAUAUAGGUAUUAUUUUAUUAGUAAAAUAGUUUCUCGUUUUGUCUCUCUCUUUUAGAAUUUCUGAAAAAUUUUUAAUAUUAAAAUAAAAUUUAUAAGAACAGGAUUUCAAUAUUUGUGACUACGAGAAUAAUUUUGUAUUAACUUGCAUUUAUUACUAUAUAAGUUUUUAACGAAAAAACUUUAUACAGACUUGUAUUACUUGUAAGAAUGUUAACGUCAUUGCCAACUGCAUUUAUCUUAUCAUAAGAAAAGAAAAAAAAGAAAAAAAAAGCAACAAUUCCUAUCUUGUAUAAGAGAAAUAAGAUUUUUCAUUACUACUUAGUUUUAAUAUAAAUAUGUGAUAUAUAGAGUGAAGCACAGAAAUCUAAAGAUUUUUUUAAUGAAAUAAGAUCUUAAGUUUUCAAUCUUUUAUUUAUUGUUUCAUGUUAAUAGAAAAUAAUUGUAAUAUAAUUCUAUUUUUUAAAAAGGAUAUUAGUGAGAUGUUUUUCUCUAUUUUUCGAAGAUUGUCAAGUCUACCUCGAAAAUUUACAACUUUUUUCAUUAUUAUUAAAAUUUAAUCUUUAAUCUGUAGUUUUAAAUCUUUAAAUAUUAAGAUGGAUCAUGGAGAACUUAAUUUUUGUAGAAAUAAUUCAAUAAUCCAAACAUUUGAUCGGGUAAACGAGCAGGAUAGGAAAUAAAUUCCUGAGAAAUAUAUUACGCAAAACAAUCGUUGUCGCCCUUGCUAUAUGGAAAGCAAGCAACUUAUACUGAAACAAAAAAUAUAGAUACUAAGUUCCUGUAUAAAACAUUUGAAAAUCGUCAGGUUCUUGUGUUCCACCCUAUAUAUGUUAAUAUCUUUAAAAAAUACUUAACACAUAAACUGUGUUUUAUACGUAUAGUUGUUUAGUUUUGUACUUGUCUUUGCAUAUCUAUUGUGCAAAACUUAUUUAUUAUUCUAACUAUAUGUGUUCUAUUUCUCUAUUAUUUCCAGUAUCAUAAUAUUAAUACAUUAAUACUUUUAUUCUGGAACAUUAUUCUAUAUAUUAAAAAAUUAUCUAAUAUCAUUAAUAUUUUAUGAAUUUGAACAAAUAUAUAUAUAUAUAUAUGUAUAUAUGUAUGUAUGUAUAUGCAUGUGUAUGUGAUAUAUAUAUAUAUAUAA